CCAUGGUUAUAAAAUAAAUGAGCGAGUGCUUCAAGUCCAGCAUAGCCAUAUCCUAUCUGUCCGGCAGCAGCCACACCCUGUUGUCUUAGAAAUAGACUAAAACGUCAAGUCAUUUCAGAGACCUCUCCUGUCAAGCGGAUACGAAACGGGACUAUCAGUUACUCUGUCACUCCCAUCAUGGAAGCUCUGCUGAAGUCUAUGCAUAAUACCUCUCCCAAAGCAAAUUCUCAUGCGAUGUGGUGGGGUACACUGGGCACUGUGCGACCCUUCCCCAACUUCAACUCAGAGAAGGAUGCCCGCGAAAUUCAAACUGCCUUGGAGAGCAAAGCCAGUGACGUGAACACUCUGGUGAGAAUCUUGACCAAUCGAAACAAUGCUCAGAGACAGAGCAUCGCGGAGUCCUACCAUAACCUCACACAGAAGGAGUUGUGUCCUGCCCUGAAGAAAGCUCUGUCAGGGGGGCUGGAGCAACUCAUGCUGGGGCUGAUGAUGACCCCCUCUCAGUUUGACGCCCAUCGCCUCAGACAGUCCAUGGAGGGUAUUGGUACAGACGAAGAGAGUCUAUUGGCUGUGUUGUGUACCAAAUCACCACAGCAGCUUAAAGAUGCCACUAUUGCCUACAAACAGGAGUUUGGACGUUACUUGGAGAAUGAUCUUAUCAGUGAGACUAGUAAAGACUUCACUAAGCUGGUACUGGCCAUACUCAAGAAGGAGGAGCUGAAUUCAAAGGAGAUGGUUGAUUAUCAGCUCAUUGACCAGGAUGUUAAGGCUCUAAAUGAUGCUGUGAAUGGUAAGAAAAAGGACCCAGCCCCCUGGAUUCAGGUGUUAACUACGAGAGACUCAAACCAUCUCAACAGAGUGCUAUCCAGGUUGGAGGAUCUGAGAGGGGAGACUGUGGAUAAAACAGUACAGAGUCACUUCUCUGGGGACCUGAGGCUUGGCUUCCGCACUCUGGUUGGCUCCAUCCCAAGCAUUCCUUUGUUCCUGGCCCAGCGGCUACACAGCAACAUUAAGAAAGGCAGUUUAGUGCAGGGGAUUCUUAUCAGCCACAGUGAAGAGGACCUCCUCUGUGUGAGAAUCGAGUAUCGCAAACUGACCAACAUUUCACUCUACUCUACAUUGCAGAAAGAAUACAAAGGGGAGAUGCAGCAGGCUCUCCUAGCCUUGUGUCGAUCUGAAGACCUGUAAAGGAAGAAUUCCUUUUAACCUACACACAGUAUUGUCACACUGGUAUAAUGGGAUCAGAAGACAGGUGCAGGAAUGCGUAAUAGGGUUUUUUAUUUAUCCAAAUUACAGCGUGCCAUGUACAGGCACGGCGACGGCGACCAAACAAACACUAUACAAAACACAGGGUUGAGACCCAAACAAAAGAGCGAGGAGUACCUUGAAUAAAGACACAAUCACACAAUGAUUAUCACACGGGACGAGACCCGUAAUCAUCUGCACAAUAUACGUGGCACGAAAUCCAAAACAACACAGCACAGGUACUCACACGACCAACGGACAUUGGAACAAUAAACGACAGGACAAUGGUGAACAAAGGGCACACUUAUACAAUUACUAAUCAACUGGGAAUAGUGACCAGGUGUGCGUAAUGACAGUUCUGGAGGGAUCUGUGACAAGUACAUAUUAUUUCCGUUGUUGUAACCUAAUAACUGGUAUUGUGUCACUCCAUUAAACAAUUUACACGUCUUUGAUAUUUCAGCACAUUUUGCCAUAAUUUGACCAAGUCUAUUACACCCAUAGUGCUAACUAUUAUGAAGUGGUAAUUUGCCUUAAAGUAAACGAAUUUCAAACAUCUCACA